CCACGUUUCCUACCUUCUCUCUUCCUUGCAUUUGCGCUGUGCUAUGCUUUUUAUUCUUUUUCGAUAUAAAGGUUUCUGUCUCCUCCUUUAUUUAGGUUAACAUUAUCUCAAAUUAACCACGCGCAAAAAAAAAAAAAAAAAAGAAUCGGGUUGGUUGGAGAACAUGUCGUCGGGUAACAAGAAAGCAAUUGAAGAACUUGCUCGGGGCAAGGAAUUGGCAAUUCAGCUGCGAGAUCUGCUUGAUAAGUCUUUGGGAGAUGAGGGUUUGGUGGGGAGUGAAGAUCUAGUAAUGAAAAUCUUGAAGUCUUUUGCUAAUACGCUUUCCAUAUUAAGAAACAGCGGUGGCGACUUUGAUGAUGAAGUUUCCCAGAAUCCCAGGAACAGCAACAUGGGUUGGGAUGGUCGGAAAUCCGAGGAUUCAGGUGAGAGUAUUAAGAGUUCAAAACAAAAGGAUCGAAGAGGAUGUUAUAAAAGAAGGAAGUGUGCAGAGUCAUGGAUAAGAGACACCUCAACUCUGAUUGAUGAUGGCCGUGCAUGGAGAAAAUAUGGACAGAAAGUAAUCCUCAAUGCCAAGUAUCCAAGAAACUACUAUAGGUGUACCCACAAGGUUGAUCAAGGGUGCCAAGCAACCAAGCAAGUGCAGAUGAUUGAAGACAAUCCUCCAAAGUAUCGAACAACUUACAAUGGUCAUCACACUUGCAAAAAUCUACUCAAGGGUUCUCAACUCAUCCUGGAUCCCACUUCCAAUGACUCUUCCAUGAUCAGCUUUGCAAACAGCAAUCUCACAAACAAACAAGAAAACUCCUUUUUCCCAUCUUUCCCAUCUGUAAAGCAGGAAAGCAAAGAGGAUCAUUUGCCAAGUGACAUCACCUACAACCCUUCCUCAUCAUCCGAGUAUCUUUUGUCACCUGAGCUAACGACGUUCGAUUCAUCAGCUCAAAUGACAGUGUUGUCUGCUGAUCAAGCGGAUUUGAUCUCUGGGGUGGUGGAUUCUGUAGAUUUAGAGGACUUGCUUGACUUUUAAGGCCAGAAGUAGCUAGCUAGCUAGAGAGUAACUAGUGAUCAUGAACUGAUGAUAGAAUUCAGUUUCUUUGUAAUCUAAAUGUACAAGUAUUGUGUUUUUAGCUUCUUAAGCUGCCAAGCGCAAACAGCUGUAAAAUUAAUUGCUGGUAUGUUCUAUUCAAUAUGUUUUACUCCAUUAGCUUCAUCACUUGCCAAAAACAAAACAUGCACUUUUGUUAUCAUUUUAUCAGUUUAAUUUUUUUAUUUGAUUGGUUUUAGGAACGUUUUCGUGAACUUUGAUCGGAUAACUUCACUUAAAUCUUGUCCAUAUAUUUUCCUUCAGGGAAAGUGAAUGUGAAACGUGUACUUGAUAAGAUAGAAAAUAUAAAGUGAAAAA